CACACAGCAGUGUCAGUUGUGACUCCUGUUGUCAAGCUUUCACUGCGGCAGCUGAUUAGAAAACGCUGCGAAAUUAGAAAUAAGAGCUCAGACGAGAGCGUUACAAAUCAUUACUUUGUUAUUAGCAUUCUCAGCGGGUUGCUUUAAAUACGAUAGCCGUUCAUUGAGCAGCAGAGGAAGGACUGUCGAGCACAACGAACUCGAGUCUGAAUUAUACAGAAAAAUGCACCGAGGAGAUCGAUAGGGUGAUUGAUCACACUGUGCUCAUACCGCUCCAUAUCCGUCAUUUCUACACACUUCACAGUGCAAUGCUUAACAAAUAAAAGGUGAGCAAGCGAGGUGUAAGCACGAUAAGACGAAAAUCAGUAUACAAACAGUUAAAAAUGUAAUAAUAAUAAUAAUAAUAAUAAUAAGGUAUAGAGGUUUGUUUUUACCGUUUUUGUUUUGUUUGUUUUUUUUUCAAUCGGAAAUCAACAUUUAAUCUUGCGAGCGUUGGGUACACCCCUUUGGUUAUUAUCUUUUGUUUUUUUUUAAAAAUCAGUCUCAAGGACUUUAUUUUUUUUUUAACUCCCAACAAAUUAAAUCUUCCCGAUCUUCGUUUUAUUGUGCUAUUAACUACGGUAAUCUUGAAAUCCCGCAGAAUCGCGUGUUGGGAUUGUGGUCGCAGCAGUAAUAUUAUUCUGAGAACAGAGAGUUUUGAUAAAAACCCGAUCUGUUUCAAUUAGUACUGGGACAAGGGUUUAGUUGUUUACAUUCUCGGCAGGUUGAAUUAAUCUAAAAUCAGAAGCGUAGUCCGACUGAAUUAAAAUCUCGAAUCACACGUAUUUUAUAAUUAUAAUUAGCGCACCCAGGCAACCUCGCCCAGUUCUGUUUGGAUUUCGUGGUUGUUGUCGGUCGGGUUUCCCAAUGGUUGGGUUCGGAGCUAACCGGAGGGGGGGUCGCCUGCCUUCCUUCAUCCUCGUCGCCCUCCUCGUGGUCAUCGCCCUCCUGUCGUUUAAUUACUGGAACCUCCUGAACAAGCACUCCCGGGUUCAGGAGGAGCUGGCCGAGGUGCAGGUGCAGGUGACGCGCACGGAAACCGCCCGGGGCCGGCUGGAGAAGCGCAACUCGGAGCUGAUGGUGCAGGUGGACACGCAUAAGAAGCAGAUCGACCAGAAAGACAGCGAUUACAUUUCCCUGGAGGCAAAGCUGCAGGCGAAAGAUGCCCUUGUCAAGAAAUGCACGGAUGACAAGAUGAAGCUACUGAACGAUGCUUCUGAUCAGCAGGCUGAGACUCGUCAUUUCCAAGAGCAGCUGACUGAACUGCGUCAGGAGUUUGUGAAACAGGAGGACCAGAUCAAUGAGUACAAGAGGAACAGCUCCUCCCUGGAGAAGAAGAUGGCUUACGAGAAUCUAAAGUGUGGCCAGCAGAUAGCAGAGCUGAAAGAGCAGUACGAGGAGACCAUUAAGAAACUCACCCAGGAAGUUGCUGAGCUGAAACAGCUGAAAUUCAUUGAAAGUGAUGUAAAAGAAGAUAAAUCUGCAGUCAACAAUGCUGGCGAUGUGAAGCCUGCAGGAAAGGACUUGGAAAAACAAGACAGCACCCACAAACUGGACAGUAAGGAAGGAAAAGAUGGUGAUUCGGUGAAGCCCGGGGGAGAUGCUGGCAUGCCAGGGAUAGAGGACAAUGAAGUUGGGAAAGUUGAGGAUACACUUUUCAACCUGAAGAAGCCUGCUGUUACACUCAUUAAAAAGGACACCAGCCCCCCCUCGUUGGCAGUCAGAUCGCUGGGGGGGGUUCGGAAGAUCCCUCUCGCACUCGCUCAGGAAGACAACCCAGCUGAGCAGCUCGAACCAAACCAGGUGCAUCUCGAUGCAGGCAGACCCAACCUGCUGCACCUGCAGAACCUGCAGAACACUAUCCCUGGGAACGAGAAGCUCAACGAGGAGCUGGGAGAGCAACCCAAACAACAGGAAGCACCUGACAGUAAUAUGAUGCCUCAGCAGCAGCUUCCCAAGAACAUCGCCCCACAGCUGCCACUGAACCAAGCCCAGGUGCUGCCCAACCCCAUUGAACACGUCCAACAGCCUGCUGCAGGAGAGCACCACAAGCACAGGCAAAGCCGGUUCUUUGACGAGAACGAGUCCCCUGUAGACCUGCAGCAUGGCUCUAAGCUUGCAGAUUAUAAUGGGGAUGAUGGUAACGUGGGCGAGUAUGAGGCUGACAAGCAGGCUGAGCUGGCUUACAAUGAGGAAGAGGAUGGUGAUGGUGGGGAAGAAGACGUCCAAGAUGAUGAUGAAAGAGAUGCUCAGGGGGACAAUCCUAUGGAAUAUGGAAAACGACAUCCAACGAAUGACGUCUUAUAAACCUGGGACUGGAAAAUUACUUGCAAGAUAGAAAGAGAAGAAAAAAAAUGUGACCCGUACCUGGCCUUUUAUUUCACUGGUGCUUUGUGUCUCAACUUUAGGAGACUGUGAGUUCAUGCUGCUUUGAAAUGGAGCAGUGGCUGGCAGCGUAGAUUCCCGUUUUUCUUUUUUAAAGGUCAGCAUAGGCUGUACUGUCGGUGGUGGUCAAUGAAGAAAUUGUGUAGGACCUGACACUUCCUCUGUAUAUUCUUGAAUAUUCUGUAUGUUUUGGGGUUUAUGAUUAAAUACCUGUGUCCAUGGUUAUUCUAUACAAAAGUAUAGAGCAUACAUUUAAAUGUAAAUUAUUUCUGAUUUUGAGAUGUUUUCUUUAACAAAAUCAACAGGAGAAAAAAUAUAGUAAGAAUGUAUCCAGUUUGUGUUCAUGCGAGUGUUUUUAUAAAAACAAAAUUGUAGAAUUAUUUGUAAUGCUUAAUUUUUAUAGGACAUUUUUCUGAGUUUUGUCUGUCAGUUUGCUGGUUAAGGAACCUGUAUUGCUCUCUUAGAUUAAUGGGGGGAGGGGGGAAAGAUGGAACCUGGCAUUUGGAUCUUAUCCCAUGGUGGCGCUGUUUUUCAUGCCGGUGUAGACAUACAGGAGAGACGUCAAGAGGAGGUUGGCUUUAUUGUGCUUUUCUUUUUCUGUACGAUGCCACGGUAUCCAUUUCAAGACGCUUGCUGAACAGAGCAAGAAAAUGAACGUGUUUUCUCAAACUGCAAGAAGAAGAAAAGAAAUUCUCAAACCGGACAUUUGUCAAAACGCUUCCUUUUGCCCAUAUCACAGUUGUUCCGAAGCUCCGCUCACACAUGGUGCUUUUACCCAGGAAGAGCACAUCUGAACACAGACAGCAAGGAACUCUAUAUACACAGCUGAUGGCUGAGUCCAAGACUGAGGUCAGUUUCCUUUUUUGAGACAACAACAUGUUUUGUCUGGACGAUUUGGGCCGUGAUCGUGGUGCGCAUUUUCCCUGAGCAAGGAUGCUGUAGCAUGCGAUGAUAUGAAUCUGUAAAUCCAUCUGCUAGGUGAGCACUUACAAAUACAGCAAUAUUAGUAAAUUAGAAUUAAAAUUCUAAUGUGAACCUCACACCUCCGACACCAGCGUUGAGUUUAAUAAAGCUGACAUGGGCGAGAGAAGGUCUGGAAUCUCUUGCUUUAACAUACCAAGGUAAAUUUGGGGUGUAGAAAUAAUGUUUGUUUGUGACUGUAAAUAGAGGCAGGAAGUUGUUCAGUUUUAGAUAAUUAACCAUUGUUUUCUCUUUUAUAGGAUUAGGCAAUGGAUUUGGGUGGGGGAUAUCACAAAGGGAAAGGGACUACAGUGUAAACCAUUAAUAUUUUAACUGUGAAUAGUAAACAAGAUCUGCCUAUUGAUUUGAUUGUUUUGUUUAAAAAAUUGAGUUAAUAAACAGUGUAUUAAACCAUCACAAAGUACAAUAAAAUAAAUUUACUGCAGUAGCCAUUCUUCUAAGCUUACCGUAAACAGUGUCCUUAGCUGUCUCAGAAAAUGGAUGCCCAUGCUUCUAAAUUGUGUUGUCAAUACGUGCUUUACACCCGAAACUGACCACAUCACUGCGACAGGAACAACAACACAGUGAUGGGAGGUGUAGGAUUCUGGUUUUGUAUGGCAGUUAACCUAGAAAUCUAAAUGACAGUAAAGUUCCAGGUAUGACUGUGUUAAAGUUCAAGGUUUUAUACAUUCUGUGUCAUGAGGUACAGUUAUUUAAGCCAUGGAAACAGUUCCAGCUCCCGGGUCGAGAAGCCAGAGAGUUAUAUCAAUUUGUGUGUGGAGAUGUUGGUUUGAAGUAAUUCUAGAGUGACCUGCAGUGUCUUUUCUAGGGGUGUACUGGAAAGGAAAGUCCUUGUAAGAAAUGGCAUGCACCUUAAUAUUAGAUCUCAUCUGGGAUUCCAUGUGAAGGCAUAUUUUAUUCCAUUUAGAAGGAAACUCGCCCACAGUGUACAGUGCACUGUUUUUUAACCUGUCAAAAUAACUCGCAUUAGAGAUUGCAUUUGCGGUAAGAGCAAGAAAGAUAUUUAUUGUAAGGGAUUGCUCAUUGUAGAGAGCUGGCUGCUGCACAUGAAUUUGCACAGACUUGUUCUCCAGAUAUCUGUAACUUUCCCAGACAUAUAGAAGAAUUUUAGGUCUGAUUUGAAGCUGUCCCAACAUUACUGGCACUGUAAAGCUACUGCAUGAAUUGAUUGAUGUUCCUGAGCUGUUUGCAAGAUUUUUUGAAUAAAGGUUAUUUUUUUUUCCCCCCUUGAA